AUGCAUCCAGCCCCUGGGCGCUUCCAGGCACUGCUCCUCAUCGCUGCCACCAGCCUUGUCACUGUCACCAGCACAGAUAUAACUCCCCAUUUUAUUUCUGAGCCCUCAUCUACUGUCCAGAAGUCUGGUGAGCCCGUCCAACUCCGCUGCUCUGCCGAGCCCUCCACAGCUCGCAUUUCCUGGCUGUUUAAUGGGGAGCCUCUGAACAGCAGGGUGGGAGAGGUGGAGGUGCAGGCAGGAUCUUUGACAAUCGUGUCCCUGAGCCCGGCGGCGUGCGGGCGCUAUCAGUGCGUGGCGAGCAGCGGCGUGGGCGCCGUGCUGAGCCGGCCGGCCACCGUGUCCAUGGGCAGUUUAGGUGACUUUGAUGCCUUGGAGACUGCUGCUGUUGCAGCAGAGGAAGGAGGCACAGCUCUCAUCAGGUGCAAGGUGCCAGAAAGUCACCCCAAAGCACAGGUUCGCUUCCAAGUGCGGGGGAAGUGGCUGGAACAAUCAACAGACAACUACCUAAUUCUUCCAUCUGGAAACCUGCAAAUUUUGAAUGUAUCUUUAGAAGACAAAGGGUCCUACAAGUGUGCAGCAUACAACCCAGUUACUCAUGACCUCAGAGUAGAACUCACUGCACGGAAGCUCACAGUCACACGCCCUUCUUCAGGUGGCUCCCACAUCCUUCACCCGCUGGCUCCCCAGAGCCUGGCAGUGCCCCAGCACAGUCCCCUGACCCUGGAGUGUGUGGUCAGUGGGGCAGCUCCAGCCCCCACCCGCUGGGUGAAAGACGGCCGGGAUGCGCUGAGGAGAGGCAGGUGGAGGCUGCUGCACUCCCACCUGGUCACCGACAGGCUGGAGCCAUCGGAUGCUGGGAAUUACUCCUGUGUGGUGGGAAGUGACUCUGGAGCAGUGAAAUAUGUUAACUAUUCGCUUACUGUACUUGAACCUGCCUCACUCUCCAGGGGACUGCAGGACGAGACCGUGGCUGCGGGAGCGAGCGUCCAUUUCUGGUGCGAGGCCGGCGGCAGCCCCGCUCCCACCCUCACCUGGCUCCACAACGCGGCUCCUGUCCAGCCCUCCCCACGGCAUCUCCUCACAGGAAACCACCUGAGGAUCUGUGGGGUCACCCUGGCGGACUCUGGCUUGUACCAGUGUGUGGGAAACAAUGGAAUUGGGUUUGUGCAGUCCACGGGGAGACUCCGUGUCCAGCCAGGCAAAGACUCUGUCCCCAUCAUCAUCUCUUCCCCAGCCAACACCACCGUGGUGGCCGGUGGGGAUGUGACCCUGUCCUGCAAUGCCACCGGCCUGCCCGCUCCUCUGAUCCGCUGGUACGACAGCAGAGGCCUCGUGAUCAGCCCCCCCGGGCAGGGGCUUCCCCCCCGAGCACAGAGCCCUCCCCCAGCAGGGCCAGAGCCCCGGUGCCCCUCGGUGCCCCGGGCGGGCUGGGGCUCCCUGCACCUGCGGAACGUCAGCCCCGAGCGCGCCGGGCGCUUCCGCUGCGAGGCCAGCAACGAGCACGGCUCUGCCCUGGCCACUGCCUUCCUCACUGUCGUUCCUUCAGCAACUGGCACGAGAGCAGGAGAAACAGCUCCUCUGGAGCUUGCUCAGAGCGACGAGAGCGGCGGUGAUUUUGGUGCAGAAAUGGCAUUUUCAAGCUCGCCUCUGACAAAAUCUCCUCUGGACGUGGCCGCGAUGGAGAAGGCGUCGAGCGCCGCCGCGCCGCCCGAGGCUCCCAUCAUCCUGAGCCCCCCGCAGACGCCCAAGCCGGACUCGUACAGCCUGGUGUGGCGGCCGGGCCGUGCCGGGGGCCUGCCCAUCAAUGCCUACUUUGUCAAAUACCGCAAGCUGGAGGACGGCGUGAGCGCGGCGGGCGGCUGGCACACGGUGCGGGUGCCCGGCAGUGAGAACGAGCUGCGCCUCACCGAGCUGGAGCCCUCCAGCCUGUACGAGGUGCUGAUGGUGGCCAGGAGCGCCGCGGGCGAGGGCCAGCCGGCCAUGCUGACGUUCCGCACCAGCAAGGAAAGAACAUCAUCCUCGAAAAACACGCAGGCUCCAUCUCCACCCGUAGGAAUCCCCAAACAUCCCAUUGUUCAUGAAGGCACAAAUAAUAACUUUGGUGUCAUCCUUCCGGACCUGUCUCGCCACAGUGGAGUUCCAGAAGCUCCUGACCGACCCACGAUAUCCACGGCCUCGGAAUCGUCCGUCUAUGUCACAUGGAUCCCCCGUGCCAACGGGGGCUCCCCCAUCACUGCCUUCAAAGUGGAGUACAAACGUCUGGGGCGCAACAGCGACUGGCUCAUCGCAGCUGGCAACAUCUCUCCCUCCAAGCUGUCUGUGGAAGUUAGGAACUUGGAGCCAGGAGAAAUGUACCGGUUCCGCGUGAUCGCGGUGAACACGUACGGGGAGAGCCCGCGCAGCGCGGCGUCGCGGCCGUACCAGGUGGCCGGCUUCAGCAGCCGCUUCUCCAGCCGGCCCAUCGCCGGCCCGCACAUCGCCUACACCGAGGCCAUCAGCGACACCCAGAUCAUGCUGAAGUGGACGUACAUCACAUCGAGCAACAACAACACACCCAUCCAAGGAUUUUACAUCUAUUACCGGCCCACGGACAGCGACAACGACAGCGACUACAAGCGCGAUAUCGUGGACGGUACAAAGCAAUGGCACCUGAUAAAUCACCUGCAGCCUGAAACUUCUUAUGACAUUAAGAUGCAGUGCUACAACGAGGGAGGGGAGAGUGAGUACAGCAACGUGAUGAUCUGCGAGACCAAAGUGAAACGCACGCCGGGAGCGUCUGAGUAUCCAGUGAGAGACCUGAGCACGCCCCCCAGUCCCCCUGAGCGGGCUGGGGGCAGUGGGGCUGUGGCUGCCAGCGGCCCCGUGCGCAGUGGGGACAUGCUGUACCUGAUUGUGGGCUGUGUCCUGGGCGUCAUGGUCCUCAUCCUCAUCGUCUUCAUCGCCAUGUGCCUCUGGAAGAACCGGCAGCAGAACGCCAUGCAGAAAUACGACCCUCCAGGCUACCUGUACCAAGGGGCAGAUAUCAACGGGCAGAUGAUUGAGUACACGACCCUGCCCGGGACCAGCCGGGUCAACGGCAGCAUCCACGGGAGCUUCCUCAGCAACGGCCUCAGCAACGGCUGCCCCCACCUCCACCACAAAGUUACCAAUGGUGUCAAGGGGAUCAUGAGCGGAGGAGGAGCAGGACUGUACCCAGGGCACACCAACUCCCUGUCCAGGACACACAUGGACUAUGAACAUCCCCAUCACCUUGUGAACGGUGGUGGGAUGUACACGACAGUGCCACAGGCUGACCCCUCGGAGUGCAUCAGCUGCCGGAAUUGUCGGAACAAUAACAGGUGUUUCACCAAGACCAACGGCACUUUUGGCAGCAGCGCGCUGCCCGUGGUGCCCUUGGGAGCCCCUUUCCAGCAGGACAGUGUGGAGAUGAAGCCCCUGAGCCCCCAUGUGAUGGUUGCCAUGUGCCUGGCCCCGGCCAGCCCCGAGUGCAGCGCCCGGCUGGAGGAGGAGGAGGGCGGGGAGAGCGCGGAGCAGCCCCCGGCGCAGCACCCCUGCUGUCGGGAGGGCAUCAGCCAGCUCUCUGUGGAUUGCAUGGACGGCAGCAACUUCCUGCACUCGGAAACAUCGAACCACAUUUUGAGUUGGAGUCCCCUCAUUCUUCAGCCUCUUUCCAAGGACUGUAAGGAAAAACCAGGAUGGAGUUCAUCUGGAGUCACCCUAAAUGUUUCUGGGGACCUUUGUCAGCUCCAGCUGCAGGAAACCUGAGGCAGUGACCGUUGUCCCCACUUAAGGCCAGGAACUGCACCGCUGAAAGGGAGUCACAGGGGGAUGUUAAUUAUAACAGAGAGAGUCACUAUUUAUUUUUUGUAGUAGUGUCAUAUGAAUGUAUCUUGGUUUCAAAAUGGUUGCCUUUUUAUAUUAUUUAUGCC